AUGAGCGCCAACGUGAUGCCGAUUGAUCCGUACUACUAUUUUUACGAUGAUUUGUCGAUGAAUGAAACUUUUGGUUACGGUGGAUCGGAGGGGAAUUGCACGAAGAGUGAAAUGAAUGGAACAACGAUCACAAAUUGCACUGAUGUAACGAUUUAUGAUGAUCCUGGAGUUGAUCCGCCAACCGCCGCCUCGAUGAUGGGUGGGAUUUGUCUCAUUGGCAUUGUCAUCCAAGCUUUGGCGCUACAUGUUGUUAAACAUAAUUCAAAGCUCACCAAUGACGUGAAGUUGUAUUUCUAUGUGGAGUUUAUUUGCCGAAUUUUUAUUCUAUUCGAACACGUUUUUUGGGGAAUUCCUUGCGGGCUAUGGGAUCUCCGCUACUAUGUCCCAUUAGUCGAUCGGAUCGUUUCCUAUCUUUACUAUUGCCAAUUUCUCAUCGUUUGCACGGCCCAGUUGAUGACGACGAGUAAUCGAGUGCUCGCUGUGAUCUUUGACGGUGUUUAUUAUCGACGAAAUCACUAUGUGAGUCAAAAAGUGAAAAUGAUUGUGCUUUUCGUUGGCGCGGCUCUCCUCUAUGCACCCGUUUUCAAUUAUUACUGGGUGAUCGCCACAUUUGACACGUAUCUUUUCUCAUUCGCCAUUUACACGCUGGCAAAAGAUUUAAACCUUUCCGAUAAAUUCAAGUACCGAUCGAAUCACUACACCGAGAUUAAGUUGGCGAUAAUGAUGGUGAUCAACCACUCGGCUAACGCGUUGGGUGUCGCUGCCGGCUUCAUCACCACAUUCAGCUGGUUUCUCAGCAGUUUCUGGCUUUUUUUCCUCGUCACUUUCAUCAAUUUAGCAUUGUACAGUGUUUUUGGCCUGAACGUGGUGAUCUUUCUGCGUGAUCACCGGCGUGGUCGAGCGAUCGAUGUGGUGAUGCCAUUGUCGUCACUUCGACCGCCACCUUUAACGGCUGCCACUACCAUCACA